AUGUCGCCGCAUGACGACACUGCCGCCGCGUCUCCUCCCGCGCCGCGUUGCUCCCAAUCGAGCGGCGAGCGGCAACACUCACCUGCUGUCUCCCUCAUCUCCAUUUUUUCUCAUUGCCUUGUCGCAGGCACGUUGAGCGACAAGGACAUCGCACCAGCAGUGGGCGACGAGAUCAGCACAGCGCAAUCUUCGCAGCCCGUCGCCGGCGGGUCGUCGGCGCUCUACAUCGUUCGCAUGCGAAGCGUGCCUCCCGUCGCCACGUACACAGGUGGCAUCCCCGGAUUUGACGCCACCGCGCCCUCCUCCAACACAGCCGCCGCCGCUGAUGUCGGCGCGGGAGUCGCAAGCAUGGCGCAGCGCGCCGGCCGUGUCGGCAGUCGUCUGGCGCAGCGGCUUCCGCGCAUCGACCUCCGCCGGGGGCCAGCGCGCGCGUUUGCGCAGAUGCUGGGGCGGAUGCAGAAACAGGUCGCGCGCGACGUCGGGCUUGCGACGAGCCGCGUGCUGUACAGUUACAAAUACGCGAGUAACGCUUUCGCCGCGGAACUCACGCCUUCGCAGCUGCGAAAGCUACAGCGGCACCCGAACGUCGCCGACGUUGUCGCGAAUGUUGCGAUGCGCAAGCUGACGACGGACUCGUCGGAAUUUCUGAAGCUGCCCGAAUCGGUGUGGGCGAGCGCGGGCGGGCAGGGGAAAGCGGGAGAAGGCGUGGUGAUCGGUAUCGUGGAUACGGGCAUAUGGCCGGAGCAUCCGUCGUUCAGCGACACGAACGCAACCGCUCCCUACGGCGCGUGGCCGUCCACGUGGCGCGGCGUGUGCCAGACGACCGCGGACUUCCCGCGCUGCAACGGCAAGCUCAUCGGCGCGCGGUACCUGAAUGCGGGGUUCCGCGCCAUGACGGGCGCGCGGGAGAGCCUUGCCGACGACUGGCGCUCCGCGCGCGACGCGGACGGGCACGGCACGUGGUGUGCGGGCGCGGCAGCAGGCAACGCGGGCGUGACUGUAACAACAUCCCGCGGGCAGACCAUCGGCACAGGAAGCGGCGUGGCCCCGCGCGCGCGCCUGGCAGUGUACAAGGUGUUCUGGAGCAACGCGCAGUCGGGCGGCACCACUGCCUCGUUCGUCGACAUAGAAGCAGCGGUGAACCUCGCAGUGGCUGACGGGGUGGACGUGCUGAGCCUUUCGCUGGGCGGACUUGACAACUCUGCUACGUAUUUCAAUGACAUCUCCUACCUCAAUGCCAAUCUGGCGGGCGUGACAGUGGUGUACGCAGCGGUCCCUUCUCCCCCAUCGCACCGUCCUCACCCAUACCUCCCCUCACUCCCCUCUCCCCCCCCUCCUCCCCCUUCCUCCUCCCUUCUUCCCCCCAUCCGCAGCACCAUCAGCCGGCGCUGUGCAGCCGACCUCACUCUCGGCGACGGCACAAUCGUCACCACCAGUGGCUACGGCGCCGGAGCCACACCGCUCACCUCCACGCCCCUCAUCGAAGGCACUGCCGCCCGCCGCUCCUCCGUCUCCGUCACUCGCGCGGACCAGUGCCUGCCUGGCGCUCUCGACGCGGCUCUCGUCUCGGGCCGCAUUGUCAUCUGCUCCUAUGGAGGCAUGUCCACAGGGGAGAAGCUGAAUGAUCUCAGCAGCAAGGGCGCCAAAGCGGUGCUGCUGGUCAACAUCCCCGCUUCUCUCGAGCCCUUCACACCAUACCACGAGCUGCUGCCCAUUGCAUAUCUCUCUGCUGGCGAUGCUGAUCGGUUGCGAACGUAUGUUCGCUCCACGGCCUCUCCUGUCGCCACGCUCGCGCCGACAUUCUCCCGCCUCUCCGCCCCCACCGCCCCCACCCUCGCCUACUUCUCCUCCACAGGCCCCGUUGCGAACCCUUACACCACCCCAUCCCUCCCCAAGCCCACUAACGACAUCUUAAAGCCGGAUAUCAUCGGUCCAGGAGUGUCGCUGUGGGCGGCAUGGCGCAGCGAGUCUCUUUCCUCUGCGAGAAAGCCGUCUUUUGAAGCUAUCUCUGGGACGUCCAUGGCUACACCACACUUGGCUGGGAUUGCAGCGCUUGUGAUGCAAAAGUACCCCUUCUGGACCCCGUCGCAGGUCAUGUCCGCGAUUGUUACAACUGCUACGCGGACCAAUAUUGCUGGGGCUCCUAUUGGCACGCCAGCUGGGGUUGUGGCCACGCCAUGGGACAUGGGUGGGGGCCAUGUGAACCCCUCUCGGUUGCUGGACCCAGGAUUGACAUACAAUGCGGGAGCCACGGAUUAUUACAAUUUCCUUGCAGGAUUGGGGAUUUCAAAGGCCAAGGCAAUGCUUCCGAGAGGAGUGAAGCUGGCGGGGAUUAAACCGUAUCGGAUGGACAAGGACGGCAUUCCCAAGGAGGCGGCGUAUCAGAUGAUUCACGACGAGCUGCUCCUGGAUUGCAACCCGCGCCUCAACCUCGCGUCCUUCGUCACCACGUGGAUGGAGCCAGAAUGCGACCAACUCAUUAUGGAGUCACUCAAUAAGAACUACAUUGACAUUGAAGAAUACCCCAUCACCAACGACCUCCAGUCGGAGGGCGCGGUGGGCGUGGGCACGGUGGGGUCGUCGGAGGCCAUCAUGCUGGCGGGGCUCGCGUUCAAGCGCCAGUGGCAGAACAAGCGCAAGGCGCAAGGCAAGCCGUACGACAAGCCCAACUUCGUGUGCGGCUCCGAAGUGCAGGUGUGCUGGGAGAAAUUCUCCAACUACUUCGAAGUGGAGACGCGGUUCGUCAACGUGAAGGAAGGAUCGUUCGUGAUGGACCCUCACGAAGCCGUGGAGGCCGUCGACGAAAACACUAUCUGCGUUGCGGGUAUUCUCGGUUCCACCUAUAACGGGGAAUUCGAGAACAUCAAGCUUCUCAACGACCUCCUCGCGGAGAAAAAUGCCAAGACCGGGUGGGACACGCCGAUCCACGUGGACGCAGCGAGCGGUGGGUUCGUGGCGCCGUUCCUCUUCCCGGACCUGGAGUGGGACUUCCGGCUGCCGCUCGUCAAGUCCAUCAACGUGAGCGGGCACAAGUUCGGGCUCGUGUACCCGGGCGUCGGGUGGGUCGUUUGGCGCUCCAAGGCGGACCUCCCGGAAGAUCUCGUGUUCCAUGUGAACUACCUGGGCGCCGACCAGCCCACCUUCACGCUCAACUUCUCCAAAGGUGCCAGCCAGCUGAUCGCGCAGUACUACCAGUUCAUUCGCCUGGGCUUCGAGGGUUACCGCAAGAUCAUCAACAACUGCCAUACUAAUGCGGCGUACCUCCGUAAGAAGAUUGUCGAUAUGGGCUGCUUCGAUAUCUACUCUAAGGAAGUUGGCGUUCCGCUCAUCACCUUCGGCCUCAAGGACAAGACUGGCUUCACGGACAUUGCCAAGACUAAUGGAGUGUGCUAG